GAAGUAGGUUGAGCCCUGAUUAUGGAAGAUGUAUUAGGGACUUUAUGUUGGGCACAGAGCCCUUCAAGGUUCCUGACAUGGGGUAUGGGCAUGUUUUGGGAGAUGUGGAAAACUAGGCAUGGGGAGACCAGAUAUUUUAUUUACUCUUUAGGAAGGUAAGCGCUGCUUCCUCCCCACGAUCCAGACUACAACUUGGUAUUCCAGCCUUUCUUGGGGGAAGCUGAUGGACGCAGCAAAGAAAAAGCGUGAUCCUCUCCUCUUGGCAUCAAGGGCUUUCCCAGUCUUGUUGGAGGUGCCUGUCCUGUUAUGUGCCCCCUGUAAAGUUAAGGAUAAGCAAGGCGCUGAGGUCCCAUCUUCGAGUGGCUGAGCCUGCGCCCGUGUUACCAAGUGACAGGGGUGUUUAUGAAGAACUGGGACUCGCUGGAUGAACAUGGAGUUUGCACUGCUGACAAAGACUGUGAAGAUGCUUACAGAGUUUGCCAAAUCCUAGACAUCCCUUUCCAUCAGGUGUCCUACGUGAAGGAGUACUGGAACGAUGUGUUCAGUGAUUUUUUAAAUGAAUAUGAAAAAGGAAGGACUCCCAAUCCUGACAUAGUCUGCAACAAGCAUAUCAAAUUCAGUUGUUUUUUUCAUUAUGCUGUGGAUAAUCUUGGAGCAGAUGCAGUUGCCACAGGUCACUACGCAAGAACCUCUCUGGAGGAUGAAGAAGUCUUUCAGCAGAAGCACGUUAAGAGGCCAGAAGGGCUUUUCAGAAAUCGAUUUGAAGUUAGAAAUGUGGUAAGACUUCUCCAGGCAGCUGACAGCUUUAAAGACCAGACCUUCUUUCUCAGCCAGGUUUCCCAGGACGCCCUGAGGAGAACUCUCUUCCCUCUGGGGGGCUUAACGAAAGAUUUUGUAAAGAAAAUAGCUGCUGAGAAUAGACUUCAUCAUGUGCUUCAGAAGAAAGAGAGCAUGGGCAUCUGUUUCGUUGGUAAAAGAAAUUUUGAAAAUUUCAUCCUUCAGUAUUUACAGCCUCGACCUGGUAAAUUUAUUUCUAUAGAAGACAGUAAGGUUCUGGGAACACAUAAAGGUUGGUUCCUGUACACUUUGGGCCAGAGAGCCAAGAUAGGCGGCUUACGAGAGCCCUGGUAUGUGGUGGAGAAGGACGGCGCCAAGGGUGAUGUGUUUGUGGCCCCCCGGACAGACCACCCGGCCCUGUACAGGGACCUGCUGCGGACCAGCCGCGUGCACUGGAUCGCAGAGGAGCCACCCGCAGCCCUGGUCCGUGACAAGAUGAUGGAGUGCCACUUCCGCUUCCGCCACCAGAUGGCGCUAGUGCCCUGUGUGCUGACCCUCAAUCAAGACGGCACCGUGUGGGUGACGGCUGUGAAGGCUGUGCGGGCCCUCGCCCCGGGACAGUUUGCUGUGUUCUACAAAGGGGACGAGUGUCUGGGCAGCGGGAAAAUCCUGCGCCUGGGGCCGUCCGCCUACACGCUCCAGAAGGGCAAGAGCAAAUCCAGAGUGGCCACCGAGGGCUCCAGUGAUGGCCUGGGCAAUGGCCCUGGCUUGGGUCCGACGCUCUGACAGAGGCCGAGAGGCUGCUGAGCACCCGGGAGCAGAUGUGGAGGAGCAGAGCCCAGGCCGCGGCAGCCAGGGUCUUGGCUGCUGCUGCCCAAACCAGGGCGAGCCUGGCUGCGUCUGCCGCCCGGUCCCAGCCAGGCUGGCCAAGGUCUGGAAAGGCUCCAGAGCCAGGGAGAGCCCCAGGAGGGGAGGACCCGUCUUCUCCAAGUUGCAGCUCUAGCCAGAAGGACUUGCUGGCCAGUGGGUCUGUCCCAGGUACCCGAUUUAUAGAAUUCCUCUUUCAUACCUUGGGAAGGUUUUCCACCAGGGAGCAUGUGGAGGGGACAGCGUCGAAUAAAAAUUCUAUCUGGGACAUGGAUUCUGAUAGUGGCCUCCAGUGGGCUGGAGGCCCAGGUGGGCCCUCUCAGGGGCUCCACUGCAGUGGCCCCUCUGACGGUUGAGGACAGGAGAGCGAUGGAAACCCUGCCCACCUCUCCCUGAGAUCCCAGCCUUCUCUUAUCACAGCUGUGCCCACCCUCACCCUGUGGUAGAGGACAAGUGACAGAGAGAGAGAGAGAAGGAGUGUGUGUGUGUGUUUUGUGGGGAGAGGGUGGCUUGGGGCAGGCCGAAAGCUGCUUGAAAAUAAAGAACGUCAGAGCCGG